UAGCUAUGUUAGUGGUCAGGUGAACAGUAGUCCGAGGGCGUUUGCUAUAGCCUUAGUCCGUAUGCAGUUGGACAGAAGGUUAGGAAGGCAGAAUGAACACAGCUACAGCAGUUUGGGUGGGAAUAUUUGUAUUUAUACAAAGCAUUCUUGCAUUCACUGAAGCUGUCGAUGAAAUUGGAAACGUGAAGAAUGGAUUUCCAUAUCCCGUUUUUGGCUCUGAUGUGAACGUAACGUGUGGAGUUCAAGAGAUGGAAGUAGCUAUAUCAAAUGAUUAUAUACUUCGACAUUCUGAUAGGAUUAGUUCUGUCAAUCGACUUUGUUUGGGAGAUCGAACAUGCUGUGCGGAUUAUGUGAACGGGAAAUUAUCAGUCCGGAUUUCAAAGGAUUUUUCUAAGUGUGGCAACAAGAUUUCAGUCACGGAAACUGUGAACUCAACUGGAAAAAUAACUCAUUAUAAGUUUACUAAUAAAUUAAUAUAUGACGGAGGCUCCGGUCCAAUUGCGAGAGACUUUGUUCUUUUAAAUUUUCAUUGUCUUUAUCGUUCGGAAAUGUUGGUGACAGCAAAACCGAAGGACAGCGUUAUUUCCUCUCACGUGAUCAAGAUUAAGAAGGUCAGAGGUGAAAUAGGAGUUUUCAAGUCGGAUACAUUUGAUGAGAAGUACGAUAAGUUACCGACGACGCCUAAUUCUGAUCCAGUAUUUAUAAAGAUUAAAAUCCAAGAUCCCGGUUUUCUUCAACCAGAAAACGAUGACAACGUUGAAGUUGUAUCAGUGAUAAAACAAUGUUUAAUAAAAGACGCGGAAGUUGAGCAUCAGAUCGUAAAAGAUGGGUGUUCAGCUUUUGGAAAAACAGAAAUCUAUUCCAGUGGUACAUCAUUGGAAUCAUCUUUGAAAGUUAACUUAAAUAAAAUUGUAUCAUCUGAAAGUACUAACGCAACAAUAAGAUGUUUUAUGGAUUUAUGCAUAAAAGGAUCCUCCAAUAACUGCCAACCGAAAUGUACGUCACGAAAAAAGAGAACGUUGAACGAUGUUAUAAAGCCUAAUUCCUCUGCUGAUUCCACAAACAAAUAUUUUCUCAAAUUCAACGGCGAAGAAUUUACUACUACGAUAUAUUUGAUGAAACCAACAGUUAUUCCUUUAGUCGAAUCCACAAAUUACACAGACGCAAAUGUGAAGCCAAUAAACACGAAGAACAAAAUCAAUAGUUCCCGAGAAGAAGACGAAAUUCAUCCCAAACUUCUUUUAAUCUGUAUAUUCGGCGGAUUAAUUCUUAUCUUAUUGAUUGUGUUGAUUGCCGGAGCUCUAUUAUAUCUUAGACGAGUGUGGAUAGCACAUGAUGAAAAGUGAUUUUUGUGGAAUUUCAGAAAUAAAAUAUUUUGUAUUAUCAA